CCAGACCAAUUUAUUGAUCAGCUAAUAACUCUUGUCGCUGAAGGCUUGCUUUGUGAUAAUCCAGACUCUUCUGUUCUCUGCCCAUCCGAUUUGUCUCGAAAACUCUUUACUUCCGAACUCAUUAUCUACCCUGCUCUCGAGGAGUUGGCUUGCCUACUUCAUUUCGACCUCGGUUGUUUGGCCAGUCAUCUGAUCUGCAUGCGACUCCGAUUACCCCUGAUCAAUUGGCCUGGGUUGCCAGAUGCUGAUAGUCCAAUGCUAAAAGACUCAGCCGGCUCACUAACACCCGGCGAUACCACUCAGCUAGGAGUUACACUUUUGCUUGAAGGUAGCAUGACUGAGGACGCUUUCGACCAUUUCUCCGGUGACAUUACGCUUAACGAGACUCUUCCACAGCACUCUUUAGUGGUGACCCGAUCUCAGACGAGGGGUUUCCAAAAUGAUGAUUACGCCAACUCAAGUUCGUCCUCAUUUGAGCCAAGCCCUGUGGACAUGGCCUACAUCGAGCUACUACUCCAGCAUCCUGAGGCUCGGUUACAUCUUCUGUCACAUCUGGCUGCCGGAGUGUUGUCCGACGAACAGGGCGGUCUUGAUAGCUGGGGACCCCGGGCUCGUUGGCGGGCCGCACGAUGUCUUCUCUCCAACUGGCGCUUCAAUCAGGUGGCCCAAGAAUUGACAAAUUUUAGCCAUGUCACCAUCAGUGCUCCUGCUCUUCGUGGCCGGCUCCUUGAACUGGUCUGGAAAGUGCACCUUUUAGACAUCCGUUUUCCUGGGAAUCUCGUGUCUGAUUUGCUUUCUGGUCCUGAAGCAGGCAUUCAUGUGAAUACUCUUGAGGUCACUCGGGCAGUCCUAACAGACCGUCUAACCCAUUUGCUGAAUGAAACUUCCCCUGUAUCUACUAUGCGGAUGGAGCCUACUUCUAUCGCCCGCAAAGUAAGCGAAUUGCAUCUACUUGCGACAAAAUUGGCCAUUGACUACCAGUUAACGGAUGCCAAGCUGGCAACACACCUCCUCACUUUGCUGAUGCAACCCGAUCUCGUGGCACCGCUUCUCACUGCUCGCCUACUCUACCAUUUCCUUGUUGCGGCUUCCUCUAAUACUGGUGGGUCAUCGUCAUCUCUAUUGCAUGUAAGCAUGGCCUGGCUGCGGAACCUUACCUUAGGGACAGGCGUCGAACAAUUACAACCGGUUGACUUGUCUUGUCUUCUCGCCACUCUCGGUCAUGGACUCCCAGCUUUGAAACUACGUGAUCUUCUACUCCAACUGACUCUGGCUUGGCCACUAUUGUCACGACAGGCAGCGGCGACCACUGUCCCUAGAAGUGGCUUACGCCAUUUUCCCCAUUCUGUAACUGCUCUCAUCGAUCAUCUCUCUGCUGGACAUCUAGAAGCUGAACGUACUGGGUCGACAAGUACUAGUGGCUCGUCAAGACGGCUAUGGGCUGGUGUAUUGUCUGCUGGCUCCGGUGAAACGACCUUUUCCAAACUAGUUCGUCUUCUUACCGAACUUCUCGUUCGACGCCACUGCCUCCCUUGUGCUAACCAAUGUGUAAGUCGAGCACUUGGGCGCCACUGA